CCGGAGCCGAGGGAGGGGCCGGGCUACGGGAAGUGAUGUGGCGCUGACAGAGGAAGGAUGUGAGAGUAAUUGAAGUGCGUUUAAAUGCAAGUUUUGGGAGCGCCGGCAGUUUCCGCGUGGGGUCGGUGACCGAGGAGGCGGCGGCGCGACGCCUCUGAUUCUGGAUGAAACGGGCAUUUUGUGACCAAGAGAAACCACUGGAUUUGGCUGCGUAGUGGGAAUUGGAUCUGGAAAAUUCUGACAGUGACGCCGUGUUUUCUCAUUACCUUGAGGCCCACUUUCAGUUCUCACCAUGUCUGAUGGAGACUACGAUUAUCUCAUCAAAUUCCUAGCACUUGGAGAUUCAGGAGUAGGAAAAACCAGCUUCCUGUAUCAGUACACAGAUGCCAAAUUCAACUCCAAGUUCAUCACCACAGUUGGCAUUGACUUCAGAGAAAAGCGAGUGGUCUAUAAGCCCAGUGGCCCAGACGGCAGUGCAGGAAGGGGGCAGAGGAUUCACCUUCAGCUCUGGGACACAGCUGGCCAGGAGAGGUUCCGUAGCCUAACGACUGCCUUCUUCAGAGAUGCGAUGGGUUUCCUAUUGCUGUUUGACUUGACGAAUGAGCAAAGCUUCCUCAACGUCAGAAACUGGAUCAGUCAGCUUCAGAUGCAUGCUUAUUGUGAAAACCCAGAUAUUGUAUUAUGCGGCAAUAAAUGUGAUUUGGAGGAUCAGAGGGCUGUAAAAGAAGAGGAUGCAAAGGAGUUGGCAGAGAAAUAUGGACUACCCUACUUUGAAACCAGUGCAGCAACUGCAUCCAACGUGAACAAAGUUGUGGAGACUCUGUUGGAGCUCAUCAUGAAGCGCAUGGAGCGGUGUGUGGACAAAUCAUGGAUACCUGAAGGGGUUGUAAGGUCCAAUGGUCACAAUUCCACUGAACAUCUAAAUGCAGAGCACCAGGACAAGGGCAAAUGUGCUUGCUAGAUUGAUCUGUGUGCAACCCCCUUUUUUGUUGAUAAUUGAACACUUUUUGUUUCUUAACCAGAUGCAUGCUGUCCACCAAACUAAUAUUUUGGUAUAAUGAGAACAAAAUGAUUUACUUGUGGACCAUGUGCAAGAUAAAUGAAAGGGGUUGCUGAUGCCUUACGUAAAUUGAUAUGCACUCUUUGUUUCUACAGGAAGUCGGGCCGGGCAGUAGUUUUAUUAUGGGUUGGUGGAAAAUCUCAGAAAUGAAUCGCAAGCAAGCCAUUUUUUGGCCAUUGCACUUAAUAGCUUUUAUGAGUAUGGACCACCAGCCAGAAUGCCCAAUCUGUGCUUAUAUAAUCUAGAUUUUACGUGGAUCUCACUGAUACAUCAUACAUUUAGGUUCUUUCCUGCCCCUCUCCUUUUUAUAGUACCAAUGGGGCUUCUGAAAAUCAAACAUUCUCGCUCGCUUUUGAAAUCAUUAUUUAUGGCUUCAUUACUAAUACCUGGUGCUUGUGAUUUAAGUAAAACUAAUGUAGUAGGCUUCCUUUUCUUUUUCUGGACAACUGUUUAACUUCCUUGCAAGUGUGUGCCUAAAUGACUACUGGUGCAUUGACAAGUUUUUACACUGGAGGGAUGCCAAAAAGUUUAAAACCUGCCAAAUACUUGAUUGAAAGAUUAGAUUCUAUGUGAAGUUGAGUUAUGGAACUCUUGUUAGAAAAUACUGUUUUGCCUUUAGUUUAAAAAGAGAAUAAACUUAUUUGAGUUGAUUGGGCACAUGUUGGGUUACUGAAAAGAAGGUCAGAGUGCACUUUACCAGAGAUUUCGAAAUUAUCAUGGCAAACCCAAUGUGUGCUGCAGUUCAAAAUUUCAGGAAUACUAAAUUUCACUGCAUUAAAGGAUUCUAGAAUGUAGAUGUAAGUAAAUUUGAUACAAAUUAUUGUAUUUUUCUCAAAUUUUAUCUAUUUACAAUGUUUUAAAGUCGUCUUCUGAAAGUACUGUCAGGAUAUCCUUUCUAAUAAAACAAAGUCCCCUCA